AUGUCCGGCAACAAUAAUGACAGCUCAUUUGGUAGGCGAAAGAGCCGCUUCGGCCUCCCAGCGCUCAAAUUGCCUUCAACACACGAUCUGCUCGCCGACAGCUCAUCCUCCAGCGCCAAAAACCACAAAACUUUGACCAAGAAGCACAAGCACGUCCGAUCCCCGAGCCUUCAGACCACCCUCGACCACCCGGAUGCGCCCCGCGAAGACCACACGAAGACGAGACCGCUGUCCGAUCAGCCCACGUCCAAACCUCAUGUCAGGAGACCUUCGCUCAGCAUGAAAGCCGUCAAACGGCCGCCCUCCGUCUUUGAAUCGUUGAAGAACAGUGUACGAGCCAGCAGCGAGGAAUUGAUGGGCAACGGAUACGGGAAUGGCGAGCCACUGUCCACUACAUCUUCCAAAGCUCCCUCGCUGAGCUUUGACAAUGCGGUGGAUGGCGCAAGUCCCUCCAGGUCUGUCCUGCUGCAUGGUGAGGUUCAGACCAGUGCGGGGAUGUUCCGGAAGAAGAAGGAAUAUCUCGUUCUUACAGAGGUUCAUAUCAUACGCUACAAGUCGCAGGCGAAGGCGGCGGAGACGUUCAAGUCAAUACCGCAUACAGUUGGUCGGAGCCCAACCAUACGUCAUGGAUCGAUGCCGUCGAUUGGAUCUCAGAGCGACCUGCAGACUUUGUCAGAUUCAUCUGGCGACAAAGAUGGACGGGUACCCCUGAGGCAGGUGGUUGCGCUACAAAAGCUCGACGAUGGCAAGCCAUACUUUGCUCUGGAUGUAUCGUAUCUGGAUGAGGAAUCAGGCCAGGCCUCGUCAAUGACCUUACAGUUCAACAAUCCGGAAGAUCGAGAUGUCUGGUUGAAGCGCGUCCGCAGUGCUGUGUAUGAUUACAGAGCACGCCAACAAACGCACAUAUCCUCCUUCAACUUGGAGAAUGCAGCUCGGAUAGUCGAGAGGGACAACGACUACGAUCCUUAUAACUGUGCAAUCUUCAAGGUUGUACAGCGGCAGACUGCACUCAAAGCAGGGAGCAGGGCAUCUACCGACGAUCUCACGAAGGUAGCUUCGACAGUCUGCUUUCUUGCUAUUGGUGUGCACAAGGUACAUCUGAUUCAACUCGUCAAGCCGGUCGUCCGAAGCUCCAGUCCUUCUCUUUCAAACAAUCCCUCUCAAGCAUCACACGGCAUCCUCACCCUGACCGCGAUCAAAGUGAGCAGCUUGGACGAUACCCUCGAACUCACGUUUCGACAGCCACUGCAAAAGCCCAGAAUACUACAUCUCGCAUCGUCUGCAUCACAUGAGAUUGCCGCGCGGUUGCACUAUGCGGAGAAUUUCCUACGCCCAGAAUGCGGCCAUCGAUUGUUCCGUUUCACUGCUCCUGCGGAAGUGGAGGAUCUUCUCCCACCACCUGCUGCAUCUGAUGUUGAGGAGCAUAGCUGUUUGGAUCGGACACUGAGUGCAUACUGUGUGGCAUAUGGGGUGAACCCUACCAAUGUGCGGUAUACGAUCAACUACGCCUGCGAAGACGCUCCUCGGUUCGAGCUGCUACCUCCUGGCGAUCCUCGACGGCCGAACUAUGGGCCUCUUGAGUUACUGGCUAUCAUGCGCGCGUUGCGCUAUAACGAGACCUUUGGCAGCUUGUCGUUUGCGAAUAUACCAUUGGACAGCCUGAAUGGAUUGCAUGACAACUAUGGGCAGGAGCAUGUAUGUUCAAAAACGAAGCGUGGUACACCAAUACGAUUGUCGACCGCUGAAUUGAGUCGUUCCUCUCUACUGGUGCAGGAGAUUCGAGCACUGGCUGCAACGAGCAAACGAUUACGACGGAUGGACUUUUCCGGAAGUAUCACAGUCAAGCACACAGCACCAGAACCCACCGACGAUGAGCCUUCACGGGUCAAAGACAUUGGAUGUGGCAUUGUGGAAGCGCUGUUCCCGCUUUGUAAGCAUCAGACGACCAAUGUCGACUGGAUUUGCCUCAACGGUAUCGAUCUCAGCGAAACGGAUCUGGAUUAUCUGGUGGGCGCUGCGGUGGAUAAGUCCUGCCAUUUCCGUGCGGUUGAGCUGAAUAGAUGCGGGCUUAAUGACAGGAGUCUGGGCCUGAUACUGGAUGCCCUGCGAGCUCAGGAGAAUACAUUGGAGUCCUUGGAGAUUGCAGGCAAUGCAGCGCGACUAAAUCCUGGCGCUUUCGACAGUCAGCUCGGCAUGUUUGGAUUCAUAAGGAAGCUCAACCUGUCUAACGUGUCUCGAACAUCCGGGUCGGAGUCCUUCAUACAAGCUGAGACGCUUCUGAUCUGGAGACUGCAAGAGCUGCGGCUGAGUGGUACUACCCUGAAUGCAACGACUGUCGAUGCUGUUUCGACAUAUCUCGCUCACCCACAAUCGAACAGUCUGCAUGAGCUGUAUGUGGACAACACAUACCUGUCAGGCGGUGAUGUGGCCACGUUACUGCAUAGCCUGGCGUGGGAGAGAAAGGAGCCGCGCAAUAUGCAUCUCGACAUCAGCCAGUGCCUUCUGACUAAGGGCCUGGAGCAGGUCACAGAUGCCAUCACGAGCGGCGCCACACCCACACACCUGAGUAUGAGGGCCAUCGAGUAUCGUGAGGAGCCGCAGUUCAGGAAGAUCAUUGCGGCCUUGACUGCGAACAAAACUAUCCAGUUCUUGGACAUGUCGCAGACGGCAUUGCCAGGAGAUGCAAGCGAAGACACUUGCCGUGCUCUGAGCAAGCUACUGGCUGAGAAUGAUACCUUGAGGGAGCUGGAUCUUUCCGGUGAUGACUCGAGGUUGGCGACAUCGAAGUUUGGCGCCGGUAUCAACGAUGCGCUCACUGGUUUGAAGCUCAACAAGACCAUGCACAUCUUCCGCGUUGAGAAGCAAAAGCUUGGUUUUCAGGGUGCAAGUACACUGGCGGAAGUGUUGAGGGAGAACCGCACUUUGCUGGAGCUUCACUGUGACAACAACGACAUCCCUCUCCACGGCUUGACUGACCUUGUCAACUCGCUUGUCGACAACACGACGCUCGUUUUCCUACCGCCCAUGAACGAUGGCCGGGCUGCAGCUUUCAAGUCUGCCGAAGCCACGAUGAAGGUCAUGGCAGACUUCGAAUCACCCACAUCGCCAACGCAUUCCAAGUCGGGCUCCUUCAGCUCGGCCAGUGUGAUGCGUCGGAGCGUUGCCAACGUUAAGAAGACUGCGCAGAGGACGAGUUCGGCAUACACACCUUCGCAAGCACUGCCAUCGCAUAGCGGUCGUUCGGCAUCUUCUCCGCAUCGUCGCAACAACUCGCCACUGUCCUUGUCGUUGCCUCCUAUUCGAGCAAAACAGCAUAGCCCUACGCCUUCGCUGAGUGGUACACCCCCAUCUGGCUUCACUGUUCAAGACAUUCAGACGACGCAUCUCUUGCUCACCGAGCAAUGGGAUCGUCAAUGCAACCGCCUCGAGCAGUACCUGAAUCGAAACUGGUGUCUACUCAACGACAUGCCUUGCGAUGUGGAAAUAGAAGACGAGCACUCACAGCGGCCCAGCUCGGUAGGCUCGAUCGGCAAGAUGCUGGAGCAAGUCAAAUACGACACAACCCCCAAAGCUGAGCGAGACCAUUACUUCGAUUCGCCUCAAGAUACGGACGUCCCCGAACUACCAACUCACCCACCUUUGCAACCUACCACCACCGUCGAUAGCGACAAGCAUUCGAUGAGCUUCAAGCACUUCAUCCUCGAGAGCGGCCCGCGCUCACCUGGCGACGAGUACGACAUCGAGGGCAACAUGAGACAGAUGCGCCUCGAUGGCAACUUUGAGGAACCCCGUACCCCAACGCAGCAGGCUUUCACCACCGCUUGA